AGUAAACUGGCUGAAACUCGGAGCCUGUGGGGCUGUUUAUACACGCUUUGGAAGAGAUAUAACCCACUCUGUUGUUUCGUGUCUGAAAACAAAGUGUCGUUGUGAAUUUUCAGCCGGGACCAGAGCCGCUUUGACUUCCACCGGAAUUCAACUUCUACCAAGUUUACUUGGGCAUUUUCUGAAGACUCUGCAGGCUGGAGCUUGAAGGUGACUUCCUGUCGACAGAGGGGGAGAAACCUUUGUGAAAAGCAGGAGAAAGUUUCCGGUUCAUCCACUUGCAUCAUACUGGAAGCUGCGGGACAAUAAAAUGGCGAGAAGAUCCCACAUUCCCUUGUUACUUCUUGCAAUAUGUUGCCUUGCAGCUGCAGGGCCUUUGUUUCGGAGCCCCUGUGAGCUGCUGCCGGUGGGGACGGGACACCCGGUGCAGGCCAUCUUGAAGAGCUUCACCGCCUUGUCGGGAUGCGCAAGCAGAGGCACCAGCAACCUGCCCCAGGAAGUCCACAUCAUCAACCUGAGAGGACAGGCUCCAGGGGGCCCAGGCAACACUCCAGCCAAGGUUGAUCUCCAUCUGAAGCCCAUCCAGUCCAUGCUGCACCACCAGAAGCCGCUGGUCUUUGUGCUCAACUCCCCUCAACCGCUGAUCUGGAAUGUCACGGCGGAGAACCUGGCGCUGCACAUCAAACAUAUCUUUCAUGUAUCCGAGGGCUCCGAGGUCUCCGAGCCGGGAAACUUCUCCCUCUUCACCCAGAUCCAGGAGACCCUUCCCCACGGCAACGAGCACCUCCUCAACUGGGCCCAGAAGAAGUACAGGGCAGUCACCUCUUUCUCUGAACUCAGGAUGACUCAAGCAAUCUACAUCAAAGUUGGAGAAGACCCAGUGUUUUCUGACACCUGCAAGAUCGAUACCAAGUUCCUGUCUUUGAACUACCUGGGCAGCUACGAGGAACCACAGACCUCAAAGGGUUGCGUCCUGUCUGUGCCUAACAAAGACCGAGAAGUCCACAUCAUUGAGCUCCAAGCCCCCAACUCCAGCAGUGCUCUCCAGGUGGAUGUCAAAGUAGAGCUGAGGCCUCUGAAGGACGAUGCCGCGGUGUUUCGUGACGUCGUCUUGAUCCUCAAAUGUGCCAAGUCCGUCAACUGGGUCAUCAAAGUCCACAAUGUGAUCGGAAAGCUGGAUGUUGUGGCUUCUGAUACUGUGAGUGUGACCUCACAGAUGACAGUGUCAAAAUCCCCCAAACAGCACCUACCAUCAGGGCCACAAGCCUUGAUCAAGUGGGCACAGGGGCAUAACUACAGUCCAGUUACAUCCUACACCAGUACUCCUGUGGCCAACCACUUCAACAUCCGUCUUAGAGAGCCAGAUGUGGUGGAUCCUCUGGAGAGCAAAAUGCCUCCUGAGCUCUCCAUCUUUCGCAAUUCUGGUCCUCAUCCUGGAGCUGGAACUGCUAUGCGACACUCCGGUCUUCCCUUUCCAUUCCCUCCACCUUUGGCCGACGACCUGCCCUACCUGUCGCUGCCCUCCGACUUUGGCGAGCAGCCCUGGGAUAAUGGAGAACCUGAGGAGCAGCAGGGCGUUCUGAGUGUCGGCCUCAGUGUGCAGUGUGAGGACAAUAGGAUGGUGAUCAGCAUCGACAAAGAGAGUCUGCAAGCAAACGGGAUCACUCAUGCCAACCUCACGCUGCAGGACCCAAAAUGCAAAGCAACAGUCAAUGCCACCCACUACACACUGGAAACUCCUCUGACUGGCUGUCAGACCGCCGUUUAUCCCCUGCCAGAUAGUCCAAUGGCCCUCCACAUUAACUCUGUCGUGAUCAGUCAUGCCGAGACUAAGAACGGGAGUGGCGGGCCGCUGGAUUAUGCGGAUCUGGAAUCUGUAGACGUGGUAUCCAGAAGGGACCCGGUGGAUUUAGAGAGAACAUUUACAGAACAAAGACAGCAGCCAUCCAUCGUAAGGUUCAAUUGCACAUACAGAAAGAACCAGGAACCCUUAGACACUCUUCCCAAGUUUGUGCCGGGACCAUCCAGGCAGCCGGUCGACAACAUUACGUUUACCAUGGAGCUGUACAGCAUGCCGCCAUUCAUGAAUCCUUCACGCCAGGCCUUCUUCACCGUUUCACAAAAUCAGCAAGUGUUUGUGGAGGUCACUUCUACUGCAUCAGAUCCAGAGCUAGGGUUCACCAUCUUAUCGUGCUUCAUUUCUCGCAACUCCAGCCCCACUGUUUCAUCAGACUACAAGCUUAUCCACACAGUUUGCCCCACAGAUGACUCCGUCAGAAUCUAUCCUCAGUGGGACUUCCCCGUCCCUCACGCAAAGAUGGAUACGAAAAGUUUCAGCUUCACCUUCGACUCAAAGCUCAACAUGUCCUUUGUCUUCCUGCACUGCGAGAUGUCUCUGUGCUCAAAGAGACCUCAGGGGAAUCAACGUCUACCAUUGUGCUUAAAACCUGGUGCGGCAUGUGAUUCUCUCUCUCUGGACAACAUCAUGGCGAUGGCGUCAAACACCAAGAUCUCUACCAAACCGAUGGCGGUGGUGGAUGGGUCAGGUCCACCAUACCCGACAGAUUAUCCUACACACGAAGAUCCAGUAACUCCAGUGGUUCCUCCAAAUGAAAAAACUCUGUACGUGCUGGACACUCCAACGGUGGUGGGGAUCGCUUUCGCAGCCUUUGUGAUUGGGGCUCUGUUGACCGGAGCCCUGUGGUUCAUCUACUCUCACACAGGUGAGACAGCUGGCACACAGCCGGUCCAGAAGUCCCAGCCGGCCUCAGAGAACAGCAGCGCAGCCCACAGUAUCGGCAGCACGCAAAGCACACCGUGCUCCAGCAGCAGCACGGCGUAGCCCAGGACGCCACCCAGCAGGCCACACGGUCCUGCAGCAGUACAGGAAGGGCUCGACGGCUCCCAAACAUCGGUUGGUUGAUCGCCUUCCAUGAAAGGAAGUAUUCUGUUAGAAGGAAAAAAAAGUAUGAUUUAUGAAAACACCCUCAGUCCUUGUGUAAAACUGGUUCCACUUCAAGUGUGCGCAGACCGAGCUGUCCUAGUGUUAUUUGUGUGUAAUAAUUCUGAGACUCAGCUCGGCCUCCUCGUUUUUUCUAAAAAAAAAGACACACACACGAAGCAAAUGUGAGUUUAUUCCAGGCAUUUUUAAAAAAAAAUCCAAAUGCAGCUUUUUUUUCCUGACCACAACACAGCCUUUUGUUUUGACCCUAAAUGGUUAGAUUGAGGCUGUUUGUAAGAAGCAGGUGGACUUCAAGAGUGAGCAACAAGGCUGCAGUGAUGUCAGUAUUAGUUAAGUGUGAUGUUGAUGGCUGGACCGUUACUUUUUAACAUGCAAACCCUGAACGUGGCAAGGGAGCAAAGCAACCACUAUUACCAUGCAGGAAAAUGUGCAGUAAGUCAUUAUCUUGAUGCAGAGAUUAUGGUUUUUAAAAGACAGUGUAGGUAUUGAAUGUAUACAGAAGAGCAAAUGCCAAAAAAUGUGAACGAUAAAUGUGAAAGACAUGCUGAUAAAAUUCCACAUUUUAUAAUCAUUUCCUUUAUAAUGAGUUCAUACACACAGGUUUUAAAGUAUAUAGAUAUAGCAAUAUGUUUGAGUAGAUCUUCACAGGGGCAUUAUGGGUUCCCUUUUACCAGCUGUUGUUAAAGCAAGAGUUCAACAUUUGAGGAAAUAUACUUAUUUGCUUGUCAUCCAAAGGUUAAAUGAGAAGAUCUGAUACCUCAUGUCUGUUAGUUAAUGAACUUUAGAUGUGGCCGUGGGUCAUGGACAAAACCACAGUAUAAAAUGAUGGAUGUAGUGACUGUGACAUUACCUGGUAGUUUAUGGACUGUUUUGAAGCUUCUAGUUUAGCCAACCAUCUUGUUUUUUUAACACGGUCAGGGCAAGUGAGAGAUGAAUCUGACUGACAAUUCAAAGACAUGCCAUACUGUAGGGACUUGUCAAUGAAAAGGCAGCAAUCCUCUAAAACAUUCCCUGCUUUAUCUUCAAUUUUCCUCUAAAUGAGACCAUAAUUUACCAAAUAAUAAUCAAGCUUUAUUGAAGCACACUUGAAACUAGUGAUUGAGACCGUAAACUCAGUAAAAUGUUUGCUGAGGUAAAAGAUCAAGUAAGAAGCAGAGUCAUUUCUCAUAAACUUCCAUACAAUCAGGCUUCUAUUUGCAACCAGAGAAGUCGCCUCCUGCUGGCUAUUAGAAAAAAUGCAGGUUUAAGGAGCUUGGAGCAUUGACUUCAUAUUUCAAAGCCGGAGGUUACAUCCAUCUUUUAUCUACAGUCUGUGAGCUGGAGGUAAUUAGCCUAGCUUAGCAUGAAAACUGGAAACUCUGUCCGAAGAUCAAAAAUGCACCUUCCAACAUCAGCUUUUGGAUACAGCCGUGCUAGGUUUUUUACAUGCUGUUCGUUCAUGCUAAGCUAGGCUCACCACCUACCUCCUGUCACUGUCCAAAGCUCAAUCACUUUUUAAAAUAAGAGCAUGUUAUAUUCAAGCAGCAAACUCUGGGGCUGAAAAAUUAAGUAAUCUUGGAAGUACUAAAAAAAAGGGGAGUUUUGUGCCCCUGAACAUCUCAAGGCAAAGUUAUGCAAAGCUAGGCUAAUCACCGCCCAUCUCCAGCAACUUGUAUAGACAUGAGAGUGGUACUGAUCUUCUCAGGUAACCUUAGGAGAGAAAGUGAACAAAAACAUUUCUCACAUAGAUCAGAGUGAUUAUGUUCAUUUUGUCAUUUUCUUAGAUUAGCAUUUCUUUUUUGCUGACAAGAUAGUAAGCAUUUCUCAUAAUGCUGAACUAUUCUUUCAAGAAUUGUAUAAUUUUGUGAAUAUUGUAAAUACUCAAAACUAUUACGAGGCAGCGUGCAUGUAGAUUCUGUUCUUCUUUUGGAGUUGACAAAAAUAACAAUUUGAGGUCCGUUAAUGCCUUUCUCUCAUUUUAAAAUUAGUAAUUUAUGAAUCAGUGUUAAACGACAGAAUUAAGUUGAGGUAUUAUUAAGGAUAUAAACUGCUAAUCAUGGCUUAGCAUAGCUGACAUAGUUGGGAUCCUGCUGUCUAUCCCUUUAGACAGUUUUUACUGUUAAAUGAUCUGUUAUUAAGGGAUUCAUCAUUUAUUCAAUAAAACUAUGGAAUAUACCCAUUGGAACAACCACAAACCCCAAAUAUAUGCUUUAAAACAAAGAAAACAAGUAAAUUCCCACAUUUACAAAUCUACAAAAUAUAGAUUUGGCAUUUCCUCUACAUAAAACGAUGAUUAACUUUCUGUCUGCUUUCUAACUGAUUAUUCAGCUGACUGUUCUCUUAUCGGACAGAACACAACAUGCAGUGUUUGGAUUUCCUUAUCCCACUUGUUUUUAUAUAAAUCUUGGCACUGACAGUGUGUUGAAUAAGCUGUAGCCGAAGCUCAUUGUUUUAUAUUUUUUAUAUUUUCGUCCAACUGCAACACCACAACUACCCCACCGUCUCAGAAGAAUAUGAAUGUUUGCUGUAUGUGUGUUCGUCAGAUUGUGUAUUUUGGGGCAAACUGGGGCCUUUGAAUCCCUGUAAUGAUUCAACUGUGUCUCCUGUAGAAAAAAAAAAAAACAAUGUAUAUUAUCUCAAAGCUUUUGAUUUUCUUUUUCUUUUAUGUAAACAUGUGUAAAGCUUUCUACAGAGAAUAUAAAUAUAUAUAUAUUUGUGUAUAAAAUUAUAUUUUGGAAUAUAUUUACCAAGAGAAAUUUAUUGUCCUGUACGUGUGUGUAAGUACUGUGAUUGUGGAUGUGCUCAUGUUUAUGGGAGGAUUUAUUUAGAAUAUUCAUAAAAGCCACACGCCAUGCUUUAUGACACUUUCAUUAAAAAUAAAUAUUAGUAUUUAUUAUACAAAAUGACAACAAAAAGUCUAAUUUACCUGAAAUAAUGUUAAAAAUACAUCGUUUAAUUUCUUUUAAAGCGUCUCUAUCUUUUUUUUUUGCAACAAAUUAACGUCUCCUAAUGAGUUAUUAUUUAAUAUUAUACAGCAUAUACAUGCUUGGUAAAACAGAGUAUCUGUACAUGGAUUACAACUCAUGAUGUGUCCGUCAUAUUAUAUUUUGUCAUCUAAUAUUUGGGUAGAAUUUGGAUUUCCUCAUUCAGUUAUUAUUGAAGAGGGUGCAGAGGGAUCACUGUUUUGUAGAAAUAAUCUGUUUACUGCAAUACUUUCAUAUGAAGUAAAAAGAAAACAGAUGUUAUACAUCCCUUCAGCAUUACUAUAUCUUCAAUGCAAAUUCAGAUAAUUGAAAAUUAGCUGUAGCUUUGAAUAUUUAACAAUAUAAUUUUAACAAUAAAUUAUUGUUGGAGUCGUCCUCAGUAGGUCUGCAGUCGACCAAAGAAAAUCUCCCUAAAAACCACACUUGCUCUUUACCUAAUCUGUAAAUGAGCUAAAUCAGCUUCAUUGCUAGCUUUGCUGAAUUCCAAAUCAACAUAAAAAACUAGUAUUGGCAGCACAAUAAAUAAUUUGAACCUGGUUAUUUAAUAUUGGAAUUAUAGUAACAGCCUUAGCAGACCAGUGUGUACCUGCCCAGAUUCAUAUGAUUUCUGAAAACAGAAUUAUAUCAACCAGUGAUCCCAGCAUAACGACUAUCGGGACAUAAAAUGCACACAAGAUGACCUACAGUUUUUAGAUGGGAAGUCAGACCUAGCAGUGUCCAUUAGGUUGGCAGGGUUCCGAAUCGUUAAAAAAUAGGCUUGCUCACAGGAGAAUGUUCCUGUCACCACCAAAAAUAAUGGAUUAAUCCAGGAAGGGUGUUUUUCUAAUUAUUUUAGUGACAUUGUUGUUGACUGUCGACCAAUGAGAAUUCGGAUGAGAGCAUAUUGAUCGACCAAUCUGACUAGAGACUGCAGUCCUACAGUGUCACACAAUAAAACCCAGAUCUGUUGCUUGUUUUGGUUCAAUGACAUGCAUCCUCCUAAAAUAAUGAAAAAUAUUGAAUCAGCCCUGGUAGUGCUUAAAACCAAAUUUUGGAACCAGAAAUUGGACUAUAUAAUAAGUUUGUAUAUUUAAGUGCAUUGGAGAAAAUCCAUCUAUUUUGAUUAUUCUGGAAACUCGACAGUUUUCAGUAAAACUUGAGAACUUAAAUUUUAUUGAGUUGAAUUAGAACCACUCGCAUUCGGCGCAACAUUCAGAACUUGUUUAUUUUAUCAGGCUUCGUGCCAGAUGGUUGUCCGCUGCCGCCAGCUGAAAAGUUUUUUUUGUUAAAGCUAAGUUACGCAGUAGACCAGCAUGCACAGCGGCAUUAUUGUAAACAGCAAUAUCUCACUGUACAGUACACUGAAGGUCUCUUGUGAAAGAUCCCUGUGUUGCAGAGUGGAAAUGCAGCAUAACCUAUAAUCAGUGGUCAUAGUGGGAUUAAGGCUUUCUGACAUUCCUGUACUUUUGAGGUUUCUCUUAUCAACUGUGGCAAAUCCAUCUCCCACAUGUAAUUACCUCUCAUGCCGUUAUGUCAUGCUGUUAAGUGGCUGAGCCUCCAGUUAUGUUCUGGAUCUAAUCUUCUCAUUUGAGAUAAUUUGGGGAUUUUCUUUCACUCAAACUAACAAUUCAACACAAUUCAUGAGAGUCUCUGUUCAAAUAUCAACAUUCCUCUCUGCCUUUUGCCCCAGGGCAUGCUGGGAAAGGCUCCGCCACUUACAACCCCCUCAUGAAUAGAUACAGAUAAUCUUAGGGACAUGAAAUGAUGAUGCUGUGUCACAGAAAAAAAUAUAUUUAGAUAAUGAUUGUAUUUUUUAACCCUUUGACUACCUCAUGUUUGCUAUGAAUGUGUUAUUUGUGUGUAUGUGAGUGUUUUCUGUGUUAUAGAUUAUACUGCAGUUUUAUCAUUUAGGGGCCCCGUUGUGUUUUGCAAGUUAAACUUUUACUUUUUUCAGUCUUCAAGCAAACAAUGAAGAGUCCAAGCUUCCCCGUGAUGCCUUUUUUGGGCACUGUAAAUGUGUAAAGCUUCAGUUGGGUGUUAUUGUUUCCUUUGGUUUUUUGAACUUUUAUACGCUGUAAAUACGCAUGACAUUUGUAUACCCAUUAUGACCAAUAAAUUUUCAUAAUAAUUCACAA